AGCCCGAUGCGCCCCAGCCCGGCGGCGCAGAGGCGCGGGAGCGGCGGGGCGCGCACCAUGCCCGGGACGCGGCUGCUGCUCCGGCUGGCUCUCCUGUGCGGCUGCACGCAGCUCCUGGCCGAGGCCGGCUCCUGGUGGUCCUUGGCGAUGAACCCAAUCCAGAGGCCAGAGAUGUACAUCAUAGGAGCCCAGCCUGUGUGCAGCCAGUUGCCGGGGCUCUCCCCGGGCCAGAGGAAGCUGUGCCAGCUCUACCAGGAGCACAUGGUGUACAUCGGGGAAGGCGCCAAGAACGCCAUCAAAGAGUGCCAGUAUCAAUUCCGGCAGAGGCGGUGGAAUUGCAGUACAGUGGACAACACAUCUGUGUUUGGCAGGGUGAUGAGCAUAGGUAGCCGAGAGACUGCGUUCACCUAUGCCAUCAGCGCUGCAGGGGUGGUGAAUGCCAUCAGCCGGGCCUGCCGCGAAGGGGAACUCUCCACCUGUGGCUGCAGCCGGACAGCCCGACCAAAGGACUUGCCUAGAGACUGGCUAUGGGGUGGCUGUGGGGACAAUGUGGAAUACGGCUACCGGUUUGCCAAGGAGUUUGUGGAUGCCAGGGAGAGGGAGAGGAACUACGCCAAGGGGUCAGAGGAACAGGCCCGCACGCUGAUGAACCUACAGAACAAUGAGGCAGGCCGCAGGGCCGUGUACAAGCUGGCUGACGUGGCCUGCAAGUGCCACGGCGUCUCAGGUUCCUGCAGCCUCAAGACCUGCUGGUUGCAGCUGGCCGACUUCCGCAAAGUGGGCGACCUGCUGAAAGAGAAGUACGACAGUGCUGCGGCCAUGAGGAUCAGUCGCAAGGGCAAGCUGGAGCUGGUGAACAACCGCUUCAACUCGCCCACUCUGGAGGACCUGGUCUACGUGGACUCCAGCCCCGACUACUGCCUGCGCAACGAUACCACGGGGUCCCUGGGCACCCAGGGCCGGCUCUGUAACAAGACCUCGGAGGGCAUGGACGGCUGCGAGCUGAUGUGUUGCGGGCGGGGAUAUGACCAGUUCAAGAGCGUGCAGGUAGAACGCUGCCACUGCAAAUUCCACUGGUGCUGUUACGUGAAGUGUAAAAAAUGCACAGAGAUUGUCGAUCAGUACGUCUGCAAAUGAAAGGCCCCGCCAGAGAGCUAAAAAUUAUAUUAUAUAAAUCUAUAUAAAUAUAUUUUAUAUAUUUGUAUAAAUAAAUAGAUGGUGAUGAUAAUAAUAAUUAAAGAAGCUUAUUUAAGAGACACUUUUUUUUUGUUUCCGUUUUAAAAUGUUUCCCUUGAGAAUGGCUGGCUGCUCCUUUUUAUUAUUUAAUUGGGGAGCAAGAAAAGGGAUCUGUGUGCUGGUUCCCUCCCGCCCUUUGUAAAUUGCAGCCAGAAUAAAAGGGAAUCAGGAGGGUCAUUGGUGAAAAAGAUCUGCCUCCCACUACUUUACCCCAGAAGCAAGACGAUGGAUGUGUCCCCUCUACCAUCUUACAGCUGGAAUUCCAAUGGAUGUGUUGUGCUUUUUUGGACACAAUUGGUAUAACACCUUAAAUGCUCAUGUUGAUUUCUGAAAGGACAUG